AUGACUCCUUCAGGGCUGAAAUGGAGGGGAUCGGAGCGCCUUUCCAGUCUCUACCGCUCCGCGCUGCAAAAGGCAGCUGAGGUCACUGAGAGACUUUUGAGCAAGACGCCGAAAACGCCUCGUGAUAAACCAGCAGAGUCGAAGACACCUGCUUCUUCCUCUGGAUCUAUGAAAGCGAAAACACCAGCUGGCGGAACCAGCUUCCGAUCGAUUAUUUUUCGCUGGAGAAGCCACCAAUCGGCAUUUACCACAGACAGUGACAGGGGCUUACUUGUCCGGAGUUCGCGAAGAAUUAUCAAGCUAGAAUACAAGAAACUCAACCCUGAUUCGAAAUUCUACGGCGACUCGAUUUUCGAUCAAACUUCUCUUCAUCCCCAGGAAGAAGCGAAAGAGCGAGUCAAUCCACCAAAAACCGCCUUCAAAGAAGAUUUAACGACGAAAAUCCGAGCAAAUUCCGACCAUGCUAUGAAGUAUAGCGAUUUCGGAGAAGCGAUGCUAGAGAAUUUGAUAGUUUCUAUUGGCAGAUUCGCAGGCAACUGCUCGAAAUGUCUAUUUCCGAAGCCUACUGGCUCGUACCACUGCUCCGUCUGUGCCAAAUUCGUCAUUCAGAUGGACCACCACUUGCCCUGGAUCAACAACUGCGUCUGCCAUUUCAACCGGCGCUUCUUCUUGAACUUCUGCCUCUGGACGACGAUCGGCUGCGGCUACUUCUCGCUGGUCGGCUAUCCCUAUCUUCGGCAAAAUAAACCAAGAAGACGACGACAAAAUCAGCAACCGUCAGCGCGCCAAAACGACCGGUCACUUCUCGUCCCGCUUUUGGAUCUUGCGCGAAACCGGCAAAACCAGUUGUUACUUCUUGACCGGCGAGUGUGA